AAUGAGCCGUAGACAGAAUACCUUUCUCUAGACAAAGGCUAAUUUGAGCAAAUCUGGUAGUGACAAUGCAUAGGUGGACUUCUCUGUUGUCGCCUUUGGUGACGUCACAGGGCACUGUAAUCUAAACACGUCAUCAAAGGCGACAAAAACAAGUGUCUUUAAACUGAGAAGGACACUAAAAUGAAGUGCCUCUAAGCUUGAGCAGUCACCUGGAGGCAGUAAACAAGACGGCGUGUUCUUGUAGUUGGUAAAGAAGAAGCAGUUUCCGUUUACCAUAGCAUCAAGAUGAAUGUGAAAGAGGAGAUGUGUGAGGCUGACAUAAACAACAUGGAGAUAACAACUGCAAAUAUUAAGAAGGAGGACUCUGAAUGGGAGUCUGUCUACCCUAACAAGGAGAAUCUUUGCAUUAAGGAUGAGCAUCAUAAACCGGUAACUGUGGACAUUAAAGAAGAGGCUGAGGAGACGUCUGUCAGCAUUGAGUGGCACAGGCAAAAAAGUAUGGAGUGUGUCGACAUCAAGUUGAAGUCUGAGUCAUUACAGUCUGACAUAAAGAGGACUGAGGACAUUUUGCCUGUUAGAACUCAAGGAAAUCAACCAGCACCUACGCAUCAGUCUGUCGAAAAUUUACAAGACAUUGGCACCAUGUCCUUAUCUUCAUUGCCUUUGACAUCCCUACAGUGCACAACAGAACAUGCACAGCAAAAUGAAAAUAUGAAGAUAUUGACUUCUGGAUCAGAGAUCUCAACCCCAGUUGUUUUUCAAAGUAGUUCUUUGCCAGUUGUGAAGCUAACAAAGACAGAUAAAAGAAACUCUCAACAACACAUUAACAAUACAAAUUCAUCUCCUUUGCCUGUUUUACAAAAGAGAAAGAAAAGGUUUAAACAGAAAUGUAAAUACAAUGAUAACCAGGACAGUCAUACAAGUAAGAAGUUACAUAGCUGUUCUGAAUGUGGCAAGCAGUUUUUAUAUAGCAGCCAGCUUAAGACUCAUACAAGAAUUCACACUGGAGAGAAGCCAUAUUGCUGUUUGGAAUGUGGAAAACGAUUCUCCAGAAAUGGCAAUCUUCAGACGCACACAAGAACUCACAGGGCAGAGAAGCCAUAUUGCUGUUCUGUAUGUGGAAAACGAUUUGCUAACAAUUGCAAUCUUCAAUAUCACACAACAAUUCACACUGGACAGAAACCGUAUUGCUGUUCUCAAUGUGGCAAACGAUUUGUUAACAAUAGCAAUCUUCAGUUACAUUCAGUCAUUCACACGGAGCAGAAGCCAUUUUGCUGCUCAGAAUGUGGAAAGGAAUUCACCACCAAUGGUACUCUUAAGCGGCACAUACGAAUUCACACUGGAGAGAAACCAUAUUGCUGUUCUGAAUGUGGAAAAGAAUUUACCACCAGUGGCACUCUUAAACGGCAUGCAAGAAUUCACACUGGACUCAAGCCGUAUUGCUGUUCUGAAUGUGGUAAGCAAUUCUCGCAAGUAGGGAAUCUUCACAAACACACAAGAAUUCACACCGGGCACAAGCCAUAUUGCUGUUCUGAAUGUGGAAAGAAAUUCUCACAAAUAGGCCACCUUCAGAUACACACAAGGAUUCACACUGGAGAGAAGCCAUAUUGCUGCUCUGAAUGUGGAAAAGAAUUCUCGCAAAUAGGUCAUCUUCAAACGCACGAAAGAAUUCACACUGGAGAGAAGCCAUAUUGCUGUUCUGAAUGUGGAAAGCAAUUUUUGCAUAAUAGCCAGCUUAAGACUCACAGAAGAAUUCAUACUGGAGAGAAUCCCUGAUUCACAGGACUAAUAAAAAGAUAUUUCAAGGCCCAUGUUGACAUCUCGCCUAUUACCAGAACCCCAUACUAUUGGAAAAAAAGAAGCAUUAGUGUGAUCAUUUUUUUUAAGGAAUAACAUUUACAGCUCUACAACAAAAAUGUCAUGACUAAACAAUAAGGUUCAGUUCUGUUUAGUUAGUAAGCACACAAAGAUAUUUUGGAGACUAUAACCUCAAGAGAGUGUGGCAAACCAAUUAUUAAUAGUGGUGAAUCUCAGAAACAUAAAUGUAUGAUACUGCUGAGAAGAUCUCCUGCUCCAGUCCCAAACCUGGAUGGCAUAAGACCGAGUGCCAAACACCUAAUCAGAGACACAGCAAAGUAGCUGGAUUACUGCACUGGAAAAAUAUACCACAAAUGUAUUGGGACCACACUCCAGAAACAGUAAAAAAAAAAUGAGGAGUUGUUAGUCUCUUGGGACAUGCCAGUUCUAACAGACAGAAAAACAGAUGCUUGGGAACCAGACAUUGUUAUUGGAGAGAAAAAAAAAAUCGCAUUGAAAAAUUCCUGGGUAAUUGAAGUACCAAUCCUAAGCACUUAGACUGGAGGGACAAAAAAUAAAUAAUUAUUAAAAAAUAUAAUUGGAAAUAACCCACAGCUGAAACAAAAGGACUGAAAUUGGGGAAGUUGUACUAUGAUCAACAGAACUCAUUAAAAAGAGCUUGAAGAACCACCUUGAAAUUUUUCCAAUUACCAUAAACACAUUUGAGCUACCCUAAGAAGUACUACUAGGAACAAUGAAGGUGCAAUCUCAAGUUCUUGCAGAAGAAAAGUCACUUCAUGACUCAAGGGUGAAGUUUACUCCUGCCAGUGUUAAGAAUUUAACUUCGAGAAGUCCUCGUCCUGUUAUGAAUGUGGAAAAUGAUUAUUGCACUGUAGCCAACUUCGGACUCAUAGCAGAAUUCAUACUGGAGAAAAACUGUACUGCUGUUAUGACCAUGGAAAACAAUGCACCACCUGUAGCAAUGUUUGGAUUCACACAAGACUUUAAACAGAAGUGGAGUCAUACUACUGUUCUGAUUCUGGAAAUUUCAUCUUGGUAGAAAUUGUCUGAUACACAUUAAUAUAUGCGAUCUGAGAUGUGCCAGAUAUGAAGCAAAACACCAGGGGCCUCAUGUAUAAACGGUGCAUAUGCACAGAAAUGUUGCGUACAAACGUUUCCACGCUCAAAUCGCGAUGUAUAAAACCUAAACUUGGCAUAAAGUCACGCACUUUUCCACGGUACCUCAUACCCUGGCGUACGCAAUUUCUCCGCUCGGUUUUGCAGAUUGGCGGUACCCAGCGUCAAAGCAGUGCUACUGUUCCUGCGUGCACUGCAAAGCAGUGUUACUGUUCCUGCUUUCUUUCUUAGAUCCACAUUCCUGAUGCGGCUUUAUAAAUACUCUGAAACUAACUGCAGAUUGUUUAUUAGUGUAAUGCAUCUGAUUGUAAUUAACCUGCAGCAAUAUAAUGGUCCAGGGAAUAGCCAUAGUAUUCCAAAUACCAUAACUGCUUUAGCGUUGUUACUCUCAAUGCAUCUUCUUCUUCUUUCAGCUGCUCCUGUUAACGGUUGCCACAGCAGACCAUCUUUUUCCAUAUUACUCUCACUGCACCACUCGGAGUAUUUAUAUCACUGUAUCUGAGUGGGGAAUCACAGCCGCAGCUGAUCGGAAAGAGAAUUAUCAGUAUACAGCAUGAAGCAGAUACUGCCUGAGCCACAGCAAACGCUUCAGAGACUUUCCUGUAUGGACUUCGUGGUUUAGAAAAAGUUUCAUCCCAAGAACUAUAAACGCACUCAAUCAGUCCAUCAAGUGCUCCUUGUAGACCUGUUUGUACUUAUAAGUACAAUCACCUCACUGUAAACUUGCACUAAAGUUAUAAUAUUGCACAACCUGCGCCACUUUAUAAAGCGCAUAUCUACAUAUGAUGACGAUAUCAUUUUUAAGAUGAAAUGCAGCAAAAUAUGUUGAUUAUAUUAUACAGAUAAAACUUUAACUUCAUUUAAAAAAUCUGUAUUGUUAAUAAUUAAACAUGUGAGGACACGGUGCCGCAGCACUAGCUAGUUCAGGGAUUGUUCCUGCAUUGCGUUGUAUUCUUGCUGGUGCUGACGCGACACUGGAAGGAUAGAUGGAUAGAAUAAUUAAACAUGUACUACGAAGAUAUUUCAAUGUUGCUUAAAAGUUUUGAAGAAUAGGCGUUCUAAGCUUAUAGAUGGCUUCACGUCUAUUACAGAGCUGAUUGUGUGGCGAUUGGGUAUUUGGAGAAAGAAAAGUAAGGACAGGAAUUGGAGGUUAGUACGUUUGUAAGAGACAGUACUGCUGCAAUAAAUUAUUUCAUCGAAGGUCGCGCAUGGCGCAGCAAGCCUCUUGUGUGAGACAUGAACAAGCACUGCGACACCGUGUUCCCAUGUUUAAUAACAUGCUUUCAUUCCUAUCAUCAUGAAAAAGAUAUCACGUAUACAUCUCAGUAUUUUAAUUAUUCGGAGAGCUGUAAUAUCAUGAAUGUAAUGGAUUCUGUGUCCUGUUGGAGAAAGAUAAAGCCCG